UCGAAAGUCUCACCCAAUCUAUUUCCUUGAAAUCUACACAUGGUUCUAUCAUAAAUCUAAGUAAGAUGAUGAUUGAGAUGGCCAACAAGAUAACAACAAGGGCAGCCGUUGGAAAUAAGUUUGAGUACCAAGAUAAGUUCUUAGCAACUUUGUCUGAAGGGGUUGUGUUGGCAGGGAGCACGGACUUGACCGAUAUUUUCCCGUCGUAUUCGUGGUUGCUAAGCAUGGUUAGUCAAAUUAAAUCCAGGGUUGAGAGAUGCCAUCAGAAACAAGAUGAGAUACUCGAGAGCAUUGUCCAAGAUCACAGAAAGCAGGAAAAGGUGGAUGGCAAUAGCAGAGGUGAACUAACAGAGGAUUUCGUGGAUGUACUGCUGAGACUUCAGAAGAAAGGUGACUUUGAACUCAGCAACGAUAACAUCAAGGCCCUUAUUUUGGAUGUAUUUGGGGCUGGAAGUGAUACCUCAUCUUCAACAAUGCAAUGGACCAUGUCGGAGCUAAUGAGAAAUCCUAGGGUGAUGAACAAGGUACAAAAAGAAGUACGCGAUGCUCUCAGAGGAAAAUCCAAAGUGACAGAGGACGAUGUCAAAGAACUGAAUUAUUUGCAAUUAGUAAUCAAAGAAACUUUGAGGUUGCACCCUCCACUUCCAUUGUUACUGCCACGAGAGUGCCAAAAGGAAUGUGAAUUAUUAGGCUAUAAGAUACCAGCUAAGACAAGAGUAGUUGUCAAUGCAUGGGCAAUUGGAAGAGAUCCACAAUACUGGGAAGAUGCUGAAGAGUUUAAACCUGAGAGAUUUGAAAGAAGCAUGAUAGACUUCAGGGGAACAAACUUUGAGCUAUUACCAUUUGGAGCAGGGAGGAGAAUGUGCCCAGGAAUUCUAUUUGGGCUGGCUACGAUGGUACUUCCACUUGCUCAAUUGCUCUACUACUUUGAUUGGGAGCUUCCCACUGCCAUAAAAAUCAAGUCCGAGAGUCUUGACAUGUCCGAAUCAUUCGGAAUCACUGUCCAUAAAAAGUUUGACCUACUUUUGCAUGCCACUCCUCAUAUUUCACAGACAGAGAAUUAAUAAAUGUUAUUGCAAUAUGUUAAAUGCUAGAAAAUACAGAAUGGACGUAGGUAUUGUUAUAUUUGAACUUUUUUCUUCUUUUUAUGAAUAUUGAUAUUGUCAUUAUGAACUCAGUGUCUAUAUGUAGUGAAAAUAAAUAUAUGGCCUUGAAUCUGAUCUAGUUGGUAACCAUAUAUUAUUCAAUGACUG